AUGGCUUGGUUCCACAACGCCAAGAUGCAGCACGACGAUGGCCACUGGGAAGCGGAGGCAUUAAUGAACGGCUUGGGUUUGAACCUGGCAUAUCCUCCGUCGUCGCCUCAGCGCGACACGCUGAUCGCUGAAAGCCCCUUUCUGGCAACCCUCAUGAUGCUGGAAAUUGGCCGCCGGCAUGUGCAGAUGUUUACAGAGUAUGCUGCGAAGCCCAAACAGGUUAUCGACAUCAAGCUUGGCGAUGGCCGCACCAGAGCCGACGAAGUCAGGGUGGCAACUGUAGAGCUCACGGAAGAAGAAAAGCACGAACGUCUGGCCGGCCUCGAGGAGUUCGCGGCACGAUGUGGGCUCCGAGCAGACUGGGAAGAGCGUGCUGAGCAGUGGCUGGAGGGACAUCCCAGAGCCGCCGAUCGCUCCUCCAUGGAAGAGAUCGCUUCCGCAGAGCUCCGCCUUCGCUUUCUGGCUGUGGCCGACUCCAAACGCAAAAAGAACGGAGCCAGCUCUGAAGAGAGAGACAAGCAAGAGAAGCUGAAGCGAGAGACGGAAGCGGCGAUGCAGGCAAAGGAGAAGGCAGCUGCUGCGAGGCAGAAGGAGCGGAUGGAUCAUUUUCGAGGCCUCGACCCGGCCAACAUUCUGAGCAUCGCAUGGCCCAGCGCCAUAAGCUCCUACGUAAUUGACGGCGGUAGUGGCGGGGUGAUGCUUGUUGAUUUGGGCGCCUCCUGCGUCGUCCUGAAACCUCAGGGCAAGGCUGCAGCUUUGGAGAUGAUGGCGCAACACGUCGCUGACGUUCUUGAAGUGCCGAUAGCUCAUGUGCGUGUGGUGACUCGUGCGCAGGAGGAGUUCGGGGAGAUCCAGGCUAGUCUGUCGAGGUUCAUCAAUGGCGAUUGGAAGCAAGCGGAGCUUCUAGGCGUUUGGGAUCAUGCAGAUGGUGUGCGGGAUAUCGGUGGGAAUUUCUUCGGAGUCCUGGAGUUUGCAGCAGGGCAUGUGCUCAUGGGCCAUGAGGGGCACGAUGCUCUACAGGCUCCUGAUCCCAAGCUGAUGCAUCAGCUUGGCCGCGUGUGCGCCAUGGAUGUCUUAAUCAAUAACCUCGACCGGAUCCCCCUGCCAGUGUGGCAGAACGAAGGCAAUUUGGGCAACGUGAUUGUGGCGAGAGACACUGUCGUGGGAAUCGACCAGCAAGUAAACCUGGUGAUGCCAGGAAAAGGGCUAGACAACUAUCUGGCAAAAGUUGCGGCGCUUGUUGCAGCCUGUUCGCCGGAGGGAGACCCAAGCAUGAUCACAGCCAAGUUGCGCAAAGCUUUGGAGGAGAACUGUGCAGCUGUGAUCACUGACAAUGCCGCCGCUGAUUUCGUCCAUGGCCUGCGACAAGGCUUCGAAGACAUCGCACAUCACUGGAGAGGAGGAUCGCUGAGGAAGGGCCUUGAAAAAGGUCAGGAGGCAUGUUUGGAGACAUUCAUCAUCGACACCCCUGCCAUGGAUCACACGAUUGGAACACAGCCGCAGCUGAGCACUCUGGAUGCCGUGUGCGAGUUUGUAUGCACGGUUGCUGAAAAGAUUUCUGCGGACAUGCCAGCCUGA